GGAAAACUGGUUUGAAUAAUACAGUAACAUAUCUUCUCGAUUGUCCCAUAAUGUAUACAUGUGCUUUUCAGGACAAGUAUGUCACGUUUGUGUACAGUCUACUGUUCUUUCAACUGGGGACAUUUCAGUGCCUUUUGAUAACAGAAACGCACUGAUAUCCUCAUUCAUUAUGCCGUAAACUUUCAAUGACGAAAUGUGCUGCAAACACCCUAAAUCCCGCCAAUCACAGGUAUGUAGGCGCCAACCAGGAAGUUUAUGUCUGAAGACCGGGCACCUGUGAACACUUUAGGUUGUUUUCACAUUGAAAUCUCUACGUCUGUGUCGACCUGACGGACGGGAAGUGUUAAAGUCGGACUUGGCGGACAGUGAAGAUGACCUCUGAAGUAAUCGCUUCAUAUAAACUGCAUAUACAUGUAUUCAUUGCGAUAAUCACAGGAAUUGAGGGAGCAGUGACUGUCUCAGGGUCAGGAGGUACAGGGAUACCCAACCAGCAGGCUCUGACUCUCAGGUGCAGCUACACAGUGACACCUGGGGAUGUUGUUGUUGCAUUCUCAUGGAGGAAAAGAGAGGGCAGCUCUACAGUGAACAUAGCCAGUGGAUCAGUGACUGGUCAGACAGUUGUGUUCCUGGACACCUGGCAGAACAAGGGCGUGUUUGUUGGUGACUACACCUCCUCCCUCGACAUCCAGCUGCCUGCCAGUCACGUCAACUCCAGCCAUGCUGGGACAUACAUGUGUGAAGUGGAUGGAGUAUCCGGAAGUAGUUAUGCUGACGUCAAUGCUACCAUUUUGUAUGCACCAUCGAUAUCUGGCCUCCCGUCCACAUACCAAGUGAUCGAGUUGUCCCGUCUCAUGAUAAACUGCAGCACCUACACCACACCAGGCAACCCGUCAAUCUCAACCUACAGGUGGACCUAUGGUGGAUCUACUGUUAGUACUGGGUCUGUGCUUGAUAGAAGCAACAUCAGCAGGCGUCAGGGAGGGAACUACAUCUGUACUGCCAGCAACACCCAGGGGUCAGACUCGGCCUCGGUCCACGUGGAUGUACUCUAUGCGCCAUCCAUAUCUGGACUCCAGGGCGUCUACAAAGUGAAUGAAUCAUCUCGUCUCAGGAUAAACUGCAGCACCUACACCACACCAGGCAACCCGCCAAUCACAACCUACAGGUGGACCCAUGGUGGUUCUACUGUCAGUACUGGGGCUGUGCUGGAUAGAAGCAACAUCAGCAGGAGUCAGGGAGGGAUCUACAUCUGUACUGCCAGCAACUUUCUAUCACCAGGUGGAGGAUCAGAACAACAGGGCACGGCACAAGUCUCUGUAGAUGUUCAAUAUUUAGAUACCCCUGUCCUCGUGUUUGAGAAGUCAGAAGCUACUGAGAAUGACUCACUGACCCUAAACUGCAACGUUAUGAGCCACCCAGCGGCAGAGUUGACAGUGUUGAACAUUGACAACGACACCACAUUGGCAGAAGGAAACACCAACACCAUCUCCUACACAAUACAACGAGUUCAGUGUCUCCACAACGGAACCUUUGUCUGCUCGGCUUACAACAGACACACGCGAACAACAACACGUGCUUCAUAUGACCUCGAUGUUCUCUGUGCUCCCAGGCUUGACACUCGGGUCCCCUUCAUCAGCCGAUUGUACAGAGGCCUGAAUGAAGUGGCGUCAUUAAAAGCUGCUAUUGUAUGUAACCCUCCGCCUGUGUUCAAGUGGCUGGCCUACCUAGAUAAUCAGCUUGUUCCGAUACCCAACUCAACAUCCCACACGGUCAUCACAUCUGGGCAACAGUCAGUGCUGCAAGUCAUGGUCAGACAGGUGUCAGAAUAUGGAAAGUAUUCUGUUGAAGCUACAAACGACGUGGGGCGAACACAGCUAGUUUACACCAUAGCGCCUGCAGGUGCGCCACUGGCUCCAGAUGAGACGGUGAUACACAACAUCACAUCAACAUCAGUGUGGCUUCAGUGGCAGGCUAACUUUGAUGGUGGCUCCCCACAGACGUUCAGUGUUGAGUACCGUGCAUCUGGCAGCGACUGGAGGGUCUGGAAACAAGGGAUUCCGGAUCCGGGACAAGGAAAAUGGCUAAUCUCCCACAUCAAUAGUUUGAAACCAAACACAGAGUACAUGUUCCAAAUAUCUGCACGGAAUAUACGCGGAACAAGCAGCAACGUUGUCAGAGACGCUACGACAGCAGGCCAAGAAACAUGUUCUUGCAUAACACAAGUGUCCGAUAGAUUGGGCAUUGGUGUCGGUGUUGGCCUUGGAGUAGCACUGCCAAUGAUCAUAAGUCUUGCCAUCACAUCAGUAGUGUUCUACCGUCAACGUUCUGUCAAGCCCCGAGGUUCAGACGCUGUUUCCGGUAAACGCCAAACGUCAAUAAAUGCUGACCAAGACAUCCAUCACACAUACUCAGACAUCGGUGACAGCAGAAGGAGCGAGUACGAAGACCUUCAGGCCAGCACCAGGUUCAGAGAAGGACCUAAGGAAUAUGAGCAUCUGAGGACAACAGAUCCAGUCCGAAGUGAUGCUUACCAAAACAUCCCAACACCACAUGGCUCAACUGAUGGACCCUCGCCAUUGUAUGAAAACCAAGCUGACACAUCCAGCACAUCCUUCUGAUGCAGCAGGAAGAGCCUGGUCCUCUCCGCUUAACAAAAACCGAUGUACACAGAAGAAGUAGCGAUGAUUCAUAAACGUUAUCAGUUGUUGGCGAAGUAAGUGGAAUGUGUAUGCAAAUGACCGAAAUGUUACAUUAAUAAAGGCUACACAAAGUACAGUGAAUAAAUCGAUACGUCACG